AUGGAAAAAGAGGAGACGAGACUACGCGCCCUCUUCCACGCCUGCGAUACUAACCGUUCCGGCCGCAUCGAGUAUGAUGAAUUUUUCACAGUCUGCCGGGAGCUACAAGUACGGGAGUCCCAGAUCGGAGUGAUCUUUCACAAACUCGACUCCAACAGGGACGGCUCCAUCAACUUCCGCGAGUUCACCGAAGGGUUUCAAGAAGUUUCCGAGAUGAUCAACUUCGAGGCUUUGGGUACUGAGCCUGACUGGGACGAAUUCCAGCAAAGACUGGGCGACGAAGCCAGGUUCAUUCCAAGACCCGCACAGGUUGCUGCUCUUUACCAGAACCUGAAAACAACAGAACCCAGGCUGAUUCGUCAAUAUGAAUCUGUGGUCACGAAUUUUAUUCACGAUAUUACAUUGCAGAAUGCAGAGUUGGAAAAACUAGCUCAAACUGUGAAAAGGGCACAGGAUGAGGCUGCACAGCAAGUGAGUGAGCUAGAGGAGGAUGCUGAUCAGCGAAUAAAGGUUGCGGUUCUGAAUUGCCAAAAGGAGGAACAAAGAAAAGCUGAGUUUGCUCUCAGUAACCUAAAGCACCAAUAUGACUGUAACGUAAAUGAACUCCAGAAAACAGUCACAAAACUGAGAAAGUUAGAAGAACAAUACAGAUCGUUUAGCCCAAAGGAGGAGAGCAUUGCAUUGAAAAGAAAAAUAAAUGAUUUUACUUUGGAAAAUGAUAAACUGAGGAAAGAACUACUCGAAGCCCAAACAAACAUAAUGCUGCUGCAGAGUGAAAUAGAUACUUUGAAAAGUGAUUAUGCAGAUCAGAGUUUGAAUUUCGAACGGAAUCAUUUAAUGGUCAGAGGGUAUACAGAUGAUAGGGACAACCUAACACGACAGAUUGAAAUGCUUCAGUCAGCUAACAGAAAGCUUCAUGAUAGCAACGAUGGCUUGCGAUCUGCCCUUGAAACCAGUUUCAGCAAACAUAACAAAUCUUUGCACGCAGCAAAUUCUUCACCAGGAAAUGCCAUGUUCAGAAGCAGCCCAAAACUCUGUGGGUACCAGUCUCCUCAGAUUUUAUCAUAUGACAGGUCACCCAGGUCCUCUUACCUAGAUGAAGACAUGGAGUCACUGGCUCUGUGUGACCCCAUGCGCAAGACCAGCUGUGAAGUUGAAAGCUUAACUGAAAGCUGCUUUGACAGUGGCAUGUCCACAAUGAGAGAUUCAAAUGAAUAUGAUUCUGAAGGUGAAUUCAAACAUCAAAGGAAUUUUGAAAGGGAACAUUGUGCGCAAGAGGCCUUUGGAGGAGAUGCUUCUGACACAGAUGUGCCUGAAAUCCGAGAUGAAGUAGCUUUUAGCCAAGAUAGUACAAGCACUGUUCUGGAGUGGAAGCCAUCUCAUGCAGUGAGCCGGAGCAGUUCUGGAGCCUCUUCACGAGGCUAUAAUAACACUGCAUUUUCACAACAGGAUAAGGUGCCUUUUAGCCAGGACAAGACAAACAGUGUUAUGGACUGGAAUCCCUCCCAAGCAGUGAGCCGGAGCAAUUCUGGAGCCUCUUCAUCACGGCGCUGUAUCUCUGCAUUCUCACCACAGCCUAAUAGCACAACUGGGAACUUCAAAUACCCUCAGUCAGAAAAGGCUUUCAAGAUAGUGCUCGCUGGGGAUGCAGCCGUGGGCAAAUCCAGCUUUCUUCUACGACUCUGCAAAAAUGAAUUUCGUGGGAACACCAGUGCCACUUUAGGAGUCGAUUUUCGGAUGAAAACUUUGAUUGUUGAUGGAGAGCAAACAGUGUUGCAGUUAUGGGACACUGCAGGCCAAGAAAGAUUUCGAAGCAUUGCUAAAUCGUAUUUUAGGCGUGCAGAUGGUGUUUUAUUGCUGUAUGAUGUCACCUGUGAGAAAAGUUUCCUCGAUAUACGAGAGUGGGUUGACAUGAUUGAGGAUUCAACCAAUGAAAAUAUUCCGAUUAUGUUGGUGGGGAACAAGGCGGACCUAAGAAACAGAGUGAAUCAAGAAGGGCAAAAGUCUGUCCCUACCAGCUAUGGGGAGAAACUGGCCAUGACAUACAACGUGCUGUUCUGUGAAACAAGUGCCAAGGAUGGUUCAAACAUUAUUGAAGCAGUGCUUCACCUUGCUCGGGAAGUGAGGAAAAAAGCAGAUGAAGAAACAGAUGAGGACUCUGUAACUAAUUUGUCCAACACACACUUGAACAAGAAGCUACCCAUGAAAAACUGCUGCACUACUUAACUAUGAAGAAGAAUCAAUAAUUGAACUGCUUUGCAUUUUUGCAUAUUUUUUGUGACCAUGAUACAUUGUUUAGCACCUUAGAAAAUACAGGAUGAUGGAGGUUACAGUGAUGAAAGAGCUGAAAUAUGAAGGGUCGACCAAAUGUAAAGAUGGUGGAAGAGCAAGAUGAAAUUAGAAUAUAAAAUAAAGUAGUUAGCUAUGUUUGUGCUUCGUUUAUUCCAAUGAACAAUGAGAUCAUUCUCCUAUGUUGUGAAAGGAUUAGCCAACAAGAUGGCUAUUUGAAGGAAAAGUGUCUUGGUCUCCUUAAUUAUGUUUGUAUAUAGUGGUCUUAUUUACAUUUCAAAUUUAAAGUAUGUUUCUAGAAAAACUGCCUAAGAUUGUAUUUUGGAUAUUAUUUUGUCUCCUGUUACCUCCAUAAAUGUAUUUAUUUUUUAAACACAAUUAAUGUAAACAUAGCCUUUACACAAUACUUAGAAAUGUAAAUAAAUUAUUUUUGUGACUGAGGUAGAAGGAUAUUAAGGUGUUCUGUAAC